AUGAACGUGGCGGAUGCAAAUGAACUACUACCGACUGGCGCUAUACGUAGCGCGGAUGGGGAGGUGGUGGUGCCAGCGUCCCGUCGAGCAGACGGGUCACUACGCAAACCUAUCCGCAUUCGAAAGGGCUACGUGCCGCAGGAGGAAGUUCCUAAAUACAAGCCCGUCGGGCAGCGUCGACGUGAACAAGAGGCGAAAGCAGCUGUGGAUGCGACUGUUGAUGAGCUCUCGAUGGAUACAUUGUCACUGAUGGAGAAGCGAGAGGAAGCAGUAGUACUGCGACCUCGUAGUAGUGACAAAAGACUCUACAAAGAGAGAGGACAAAGUCAGGAGCAGCUGACAAAGGAGAAAGGAGGAGUGACGCCACCAGUUGAGACGUCAGGUCCUUCUGCUGGAGACGACCACCAGCAACUGAAGCGACAGCUGACAAGGAUCAAUCAGCAGCUCAAGGAGAUUGCGAAGCUAGAAGGAGCAGAGCGUGGGGCCUUGUCGAGACAGGAGAAGCAAAAGGUUGAAAAGAAGGUACAGCUACAGCAGCAGAGCAAGGAGAUCAGUGCCGAGCUCAACGGAGCGACCGUCACGACCUCGACCACUGGACCCCGUCCGAAAAUCUCCAUCAGCUUGUAG